GAGAGAGAGAGAGAGAGAGAGAGAGAGAGAGUAAAUAGGGAGGGGAGGUUAAUCCAACAGCGCUGGUGAGACAGAAGUUUCAGCUCUGCGUUUCACACACAAGGCUAGAAGAUACCAAACAGACACAUACAUACAGAAACAAUGCUGCUCCCAGCGAGUGUUGCGAUUGGCCUGCUGUGCCUGUGUCAUGCCGGCGGUGCGUGGGGUUUUGCACGUCUGCUGGACGAUGUGGAGCUACGCUCGGCUUUCUCGGUUGCACGCACCAACAGCAUGGAGGGCGGGCCCAAGAUGACUGUGACCUUUGACGCCGUUUAUGUCAACAUCGGCGGGGAUUUUGACCCCAAGGCCGGCUUGUUCCGCUGCCGUAUCACCGGGGCUUACUACUUCUCCUUCACAGUGGGAAAGUUUCCGCACAAAGACCUGUCAGUGAUGCUGAUGAAGAACAGGAACGAGGUGCAGGCCAUUGUGUACGAGGAAAACGCUGGGGAGGAGAGGAAGGUGCAGAGCCAGAGUGUCAUGCUGCAGCUGGAGUUCGGUGAUACCGUCUGGCUCCGUCUCCAUGGUGACCCUCGCUACGCGCUCUACAGCAACACCGGACACUACACCACCUUCAACGGCUACCUCGUCUACCCCGACACCUACGGCUUCCAGACACACCACCACCAACAUCAUCCUGCCUCUAACUCCCAGCAGCCCCGGCAAGACAACACCCCACAGUUGAAUAGCAACCAGGACACAGAGCACGUCAGGUCUGGAACGAGAGACACCUUGGUGGCGGAAGAGGAGAAGGAGUUGCAACAUAGGGAUGAAGAGGAGGAUGAGGAUGACGAAGAGGACGAUCAGAGAUCUGCCUUCUCGGUGGGGCGCACCCAGAGCAUCGUGGGAGUCAACCAAGUGGGCAUGCCGCAGCACCAGCCGGUCGGCUUCGACACGGCGUUCGUCAACAUCGGAGAAGACUUUAACGUGACGGAGGGGGUGUUCACUUGCCGCGUUCCCGGCGCCUACUACUUCUCCUUCAACGUGGGCAAGCUGCCGCAGAAGACGCUGUCCGUCAAGCUGAUGAAGAACCACCUGGAGGUGCAGGCAAUGAUCUACGACGACAGCCAGGGCGAGAAAGCUCUGCAGAGUCAGAGCUUAAUGCUGUCGCUAAAAACCGGCGACACCAUCUGGCUCUACUCGCACCAGAAAGAUGGUUUCGGGGCCUAUAGCAACCACGCCAAGUACAUCACCUUCACUGGCUUCCUGGUUUAUCAGGACUUCCCUAACACCACCACCAGCAGCAGCAGCCAAUCACAUGCAGAGAAGAAACCCUAGCUGCAGCACAUGAGCUAGAGACUGAACGUUGUGGGAGGAAUUCAUGCAGAGUGGAAAAAGUUUCCGUUCACGAAAGGUUUGUGGGUUGUGUGCAGAGUGGAGAAUACUCGUGGUCGUCUAUGACGCUUCCUCUUCAUAUGAAUUCCUUUCGCAAAAGUCACAGGGACCUUGGACUGAGUGUAGAGCUUAAAUGAAAAUCUUGUCAAUUUCCAGCUAAUGGAACCUUGAAUAGCAGUAAUGUGAACUCUAAUUGAAUAUUUCACUCUAUAAUGGAAACUCAAGUCAUUACCAGCCGAACUCUCGUUUAAGUUAGAAGUAUUGUACUUCCAUGUCAUUGAAAUUCACAGCAGAACUAUCCUGUGUCCACUCUCAGUACUUAGUGAUUUAAGUAUUUUAUAUUUAAAUGAUUAAUAGUGGGUUCAAAAGUUGACACAUUCUCUGGUGGAAGAAAGUUAGUUCCAGCAUCUCCCUUAAGAUGAAAACAAAAUGGCAAUUCAGUCCGAUUAUCAGGCUCAAAGAAUAUGGUGAUUAAAUGAAUUUGAUGCACAUUGUAUGCUCUAUAAUAAUGUAAACUAUAAUUGAAUUAGUAGCAGAGGGGUUUGCUCGUCCUACAUACUGUACAUGAAGGUGAGGAGGUCACAGUUUUUAUUCUGAAGUGAAAUAUUACUGCAUCUGUUAUCCUCGUCAAAGACUAAAUGUUUCUGCUCGUAUGUAAAAAGUCACUUUACUUUCUUUAUGUCUUUAGAGGCAUGUUAAACUGGUAUGAACAGUGCGUCUUGUGUCAAAAUAAGUCUCUCUUUUUUUAUUUUGGAGUGUUUCUCGCUCAGAUACUCAGCCACAGCGGUAGCAGAGGGCAACAGGACGAAACAGUUUAGGAGAAGACUGCAUAUCCAUCCCGUACCAACUGUUGACCACAUGCUACCUCUGGGCCUGCGGGGAUCUGGACCAUAAUUUGAUUUCUAAUUCUAGCAGCAGUUUAAUUCAUUUCUUCAGAUGGCAACCACUGUGGGGAAAAUUGAACAGCUUCUCCCAGGCCACUGUAAUAUGCAUGUCUGUUGAAUUUCACGCUGCCGGGAGAAAGAUGAUGCUGUUCAAAUUGUAAUGAACCUUGACUUUAUGAAAUCACCUUCUCUGUUGGAGAGGCACCAUGUGGAGUGAUACUUUGCUGUGAUUGAACGUUUACUUUUUUUUUUUUUUUUUUUUUAAUAACAGUUAACUGGAGGGGAAUUUCUGAGAAGUGAAGUUGUGUUAUAAACUAUGGUCUGAAUACACCAGACCAUUUCACUUCAUGAAAACUUGUUUCAAACGAAUAUAU